AUGCCAAGAAAUAUUCAAUUAACUGACUUUGAAAAAGGACAAAUUAUUGGAAUAGAAUAUGAAAGUAGUAAAACUGUUUCACAUUCAGGAAGACUAUCAAUUAUAACUCCUGAAGAUGAAUAA